AUGGACAAACGAAUAUAUCCCUACAACAAAGAUUUAUUCAAUGUCACAUUUCGCGUUGAUUGUGUAUUGAAAGGAUCGCCAACGGAACAAAUGAUUAGCAUUACAGAUGCUGGACAACUUCGCGAUAGAACAUCGUGCCAGUCACUUCAAGCUGGUAAACAAUAUAUCGUCUUUCUUGAAAAGUAUUUUGAAAUAUAUCGUCCAACUGAUUAUCAAGAACUUGAAUAUGAUAACAUGACAAUUGAUCUGUUACAGAAGACAUGUGGCUUGAUUCAGUUAGAUCCUGUUCAUCAUUUUCCGAAUAAAAAUUGUCCUAAUGUUUCGGUAAACUCAUACUGUCCCGUUGAUAUGAUCAACAAAGAUCGUGUACCGUUUACAAAUGAGCACACACAAUCACCGUUCAAUGCGCCACAUAAUAAUAUUUUAGAUCAACAAGGUUUUGCAUUACAAGAAAAUGUUACUAUAGGUCAAAUUUAUGAAGGGAGUAAACAAAUAUCAGAUGAUAUCAAUCGAUUAAAUAUGGGUGCAUUAUCAGUUACACGCCAAAAUUUCUUAAUUUAUGGUGUCCUUGCUCUAGUAUGUUUUCUAUAUGUACUAUAA